AUGAGGGCUGGGAGCUGGGCAAAAUGGGUGAAGGGGAGUGGAGGGUACAAGGUUCCAGUGAUGGGAUGCAUAAGUCGCAGGGAUAAAAGGACAGCAUGGAAGGGCCCCGCAAGUCCUUCCCACCACACAGUUCCCAGACCCUUCUCCUCCUCUACCCCCACCGGCUGGUCCAUCCCACAGCUUCCAGGAACUGAUGCCCCUUGCCAACAGGUAGUGUUCCUGGCUCAGUUUGGGAUAGGGUGGAAGACUUUAGGUUUUCAGUUACAAGGAGCUAUUAACUUAGACUUUCAAAAUGACAGUAAAUUCUUUGAAAUAAAACAGCAUUAUAGAGGUGAGCAGCUGAGGGAACUAGUGAAAGAUGACGUACAAGAUGGAAUUUUUUCAGUGAGAUCCUCUCCAGACAUGGUUUCUGAUGCAAAAAUGCUCUCACCAGGUUCGAGGGGUGCAGGUGUUCCUGCAGCUGCAAACACCGAGACAGCCAGGGGAUGGCCCUGGGCCUCGGCGCUGGGUAGCCAGCUACAGAAUUCCAGGGACAGGGGGCCCCUGAUGUCUGCCAGCAGUCAUUCCCAUCUGCCAUCUUACGGUGUAAAACUUUAUUCAUUUUCCCAACACUACCAGCCUCUGACCACCCUCCAACCUUUUUUCCAAUCACAACCUUCGGAGCCAUCUUCUUGCCCACCCUCUGCCUCCACGACCAGCCAACACCCGAUUUUGAACUUAGCUCCUUAUCAUCGAUCAACCACGAGCUCCCAGAUUCAUCAGAAUUAUUCCACCGAGGUAGAGGCUGCCCUCAACCGACUGGUCAAUAUGUAUCCGUGGGCCUCCUACACCUACCUCUCUCUGGGCUUCUAUUUCGACAGUGACGAUGUGGCUCUGGAGGAUGUGGGCCACUUCUUCUGCGAGUUAGCUGAAGAGAAGCCAGAGGGGAGCGAGCAUCUGUUGAAGAUGCAAAACCAGCGCAGGGGUCGCACCCUCUUCCAAGACAUGCAGAAGCCGUCCCAAGAUGAGUGGGGUAAAACCCUGAAUGCCAUAGUAGCCUCCCUGCUUCUGGAGAAGAACUUGAACCAGGCCCUUUGGGAUCUGCAUGCCCUGGGUUCUCCCCGUGCAGACCCCCAUCUCUGUGACUUCAUGGAGAAUCGCUUUCUAGAUGAGGAGGUGAAACUCAUCAAGAAGAUGGGUGACCACCUGACUAAUCACAGGCUGUCCGGCCCCCAGGCUGGGCUGGGCGAGUAUCUCUUCGAAAGACUCACCCUCAAGCACGACUAGAAGUCUCUGGAGCCCAGCAGCCUUUGAGAGGGUCCCUCUGGCAUUCCCCCAGGUGCCAGGACUUGUGCUUGAGUCUCUCCUUGUAUCCACUAGGCAGCUUUUUAACCACCCUGAGCCCUCUCCCAAGCCAUGGACCAAAUGAAAACAAUAAAGCUUUUUUGCAGAAAGA